GCGCCGCCGCCGCCGCCGCUCACGUCCUUCCCCGCCGGCACAUCGAGAUCCCGCCGUCUCCGGGUCUCGUGCUCCUCUUCGCCGCUGCCUUCGCUGUUGCUGGAUAAGAUGGUUUCCUUUGAGAUGAAUGACCUCAAGAAGAUUGGGCUAGGCCUGACAGGCUUUGGAGUAUUCUUCUCCUUCCUGGGAAUUGUUUUCUUCUUUGACAAGGGGCUUAUUGCGAUGGGCAAUAUACUCUUCCUGUCAGGUUUGGGUUUGACAAUUGGUCUGAAAUCAACUAUGCAGUUUUUCACAAAGCCUAAGAAUUACAAGGGUACCAUCUCUUUUGGUGCUGGUUUUUUCCUGGUUCUCAUUGGAUGGCCUUUCUUUGGCAUGCUCUUAGAGGCAUAUGGCUUUGUCGUACUCUUCAGUGGAUUCUGGCCAACUCUUGCAGUUUUCCUUCAAAGGAUUCCCAUCCUUGGCUGGAUUUUUCAGCAACCAUUUGUCACAUCGUUCCUUGACCGAUACAGGGGAAAGCGGGUGCCGGUGUAAUAUCCUCUCGCGCAAUGUUUCUUAUGAUGUAGAAAAUGAAGUUUCUUUUUC